AUGCCAACUGCUCAGCCGCUCAUAGGUUCCGUCCUCGAGCGCAAGCCUGGCCCUUUCUCUGCACCUUCUACGCCCAUAUCUUCCGGCUCUACUAAGACUGGAUUCCCCACAGCACAGCAUCGCUCAAAGAGCGCCUUCUCUCGCUCGAGAGAAGAGAAGAUUCGGAAAAAUGGCUUGGAGAGGCUCCAAGGAGUUCCCAUUGUCCAACCGGUAGCCCAGCCUGCUGUGCCUAGCAAUAACCAAGGGUCCUCCACGGCAGACAGGGAAAGUUGGCGUCGUCAAGUGGAAGAGGAAAAUGAAAGGAGGGUUGAGGCGAUGACGGAGGAGGAACGGGAAGAGGAGAGGAGAGAAAUCUUGCAGAGAUUUGGGCAAAACGUGGGCGACAUAUUGCAGAAGGCCAAGGAAGCGAGGGUGAAGCAGGCUCCCGCCCUCCGUUCAGUGGAUACUGGCGUAGUUAAUCCGUCUGUCGCGGGAGAGACUCAGCGACGUAUCGCGGAAGCGAAGCCAUCGAGACCUUCCACCCCACUCUCUGCUCUUUGUGGUAGCAGUACUCGCCCGUCGAGCAGGGCAGAGCGUAAGCUUCGAUUUGCCGACGUGACUCCUAAUGAUGUGCACGUCUACGAAUCUGCCCCUCCCUCACCCCGCAAAAAGGCGCUCGCGUUGCCUCCUCCGAGCGCUGAUGACGGUCCCGUGAUACACCUUGGUGAGUGGAAAAGUAGACAAAGUCCUACAGUCCAUCGCAGAGAGGCGCCUUUCGCGGUCCCUGUAGCCGACCUCGAAGAAGGCACUCCGGAGGACAUCCGGCGCAGGUUCUUCCCGGAAGAGCCAGCGAACGACCCUUCACUGGAAUGGAUCGAGAAUACCGCAGCUCCUGCGGAAGCAUCUUCGUCGACUCUGCGCUUCGACCUGACAGGUACACCAAUUCCGCCAUCACUCUCUUCGACUCUACCGACCUACCUCGGUUUGCACCACCAUGCCGAUUCCCAGCACGCUGGCUACUCGCUCGACGAUGUGUUUUUGCUGUCCCGAUCUACUGUACCUGGUCAGAGAGCAAGUAUGCUGGGUCUCCUGGCGCGCAUUGCAAGGAAGUUGGCGAACGGCCUUCGCGGGAAUGUAGCUGAGCGGAUCGAUGAACUCGUGGGUCAAGAGUCUGAGCUACGACAGCGGAUCUUGGCUGCUGGCGUCGAGGCUAUGGGCGAACGAGGCAGCUUGGGUGCUAGAGCGAUAGAGGUGAUGUGGGAGUGCAUUGUUGGUUGGGACGAUGAGAUCGCCAGCGUCGAGGGUGUCGAGGUCAACGAGUCGGGGAAAUUUGACUCUACAAUUUCUGCUCCUGGCCAACCCAGCUCUCCACACGACCCUCUGUCGUCUCUGCCGCUGGACUUCGUACUUUCACAGAUUUCAAGUGCCAUCGGUACUGCAGAGCUCCCUCCGGAAUCCCUAUCGCAGCUGCUGGCCAUCGUCCACCGCCUCGCCCAACACUCAAACGACAUCGCCUCCUCAAUUGUCACCACCUCCGGCCUCGUCGCGAACAUCGUGCAAACGUUCCUCCUGACCCCAAUUCCUCCCACAGAUAGCUCUCCCCUUCCUGAUCCUGUCGCCCUCCAAGUACUGACCACGCUCGUACUCGCUUCGCGCGAGAAUGCGUCCGCCUUACUAGGGCCUGCAGACGCGCUCCUGCGCUUCGUGACAGCGCUCCCACUCGCCUCGCCGUUCUCCCAAGCCCUUGCCACGUCGCUCCUCACGGGGACACUCCGGUUCUACACCGCGCUCGCGUCGUACGGCAUGUACUCCCAUAUAGCCACCACCGCGUCGGACCACCUCGCACAGAUCGGCGCGUAUGUCCUCUCGGAGGAGUGCCACUCUAAGCAUCUCAGGGAGGCGUGGCUCGGGCUGUUGGAAGCGUGGAUGGUGUGUGCGCGCGACCCGCAUCGGACGACGCCGAGCCACGAGAUUUUGUGGAGCCAGGUGGUUGGGUGGGGAUGGGGCACUGAGGUGCUGGAGCUCAGGCAGAGGCUGACGGAAAACGACGAGACGCUCUGGGCGGCUCUUUGGCGGGCGGAGGCAGCGUGGUUGGAGGGAGCGAAAGUCAACGCGAUCAAAGGCGGAGAGGCAGAGAGGGCGUUCGUGGUCGAAGCUGUCCGCCAGGGUUUCAGUGAGGGAGUUGAACAGAAGAUUGCGGAGAGCGCGGGCUGGAUGCUGGAUACUGCGCUCCGUGCGCUCGCUGCUAUCGGGGCGCAGGGGAUCGACGUGACGACUCUCCGGGCUGCCUCGGAACAUGCGAGUACUCUGGCAGCGGUCGUGAGAUUCUGGCUUUCCUGUCUUCCGUCACAGACACAGGGACCACUUAGUGCUCCGCCUUUCAUCGUUCCCUUCGCAAGAUUAUCCGCCCUCUCCGCAAUUAUCACCACUCAUCCCCUUUGGUCUUCGGUCUCGUCAGAGAAAUGCCCGUCUUACGCGCGCACGUUCCUCAGGCCCUUCUCUCUUCUGUUGUCAUCUUAUCUCCAGCUCUCGCCACGAAUACCAGGGACGUCCGAGGACUUGUGGCUAGCGCAGGCUUUCGCGAUUAUUACUCGUUUACUCCCUGGCGACGAGGAGUUUGGGCAGCGCGUUGUGGGCGACAUGACGGAAUUAAUCACUUUGAAUUUCAUGGAAUCUCGAGGAUGGAAUGUGCCUGCGGUACUUUGGGAGAAAGGAGGCAUGAAGCCGAUCAGCCAUUUUUUGGCGUUCACUUUCUUCCCGCAGGAAGACCUAUACGUUGCACCGUUGUGGAUAUCUUCCCAGUCCAUCUCCCUUGCCACCACGCAGCGGCUGCCGGCUGCGUCCAAGUCUGGUCGCGACCGCCUGCUUCCUCUCAGCAGAGACUGGAGCUUCUGUCCGCUGGACCAUCUUCUGCGCUCGGGUCAGUCGGAGGCUUUCAAGUCUCUGCCUUCCUCGUGGAAUUAUUCGGAAACCGAAGUGGUGCGGGCGACUCUGCUCUUCGCGAAGAUCAGUCGUGAGAUCCUGCGCCUGCACGGUCUGACGAAGUUCCUGCCGAGCCGAGAGGAAAUGAUCUUUGCGGGCAUGAAGGUCUUCAUGCUGGAGCACGAACAGCAGCAGAACGACACCGCCGAGGAAGUGUUCCGCGACAGGAUCGUCGAACAGCUCCUCGACGAUCUCUUUGCGCCGUUCGCCGCGGGCACCUCGCCGACGUCCCUCCUCCUCCCGCCCCCGCCGCAGGAAACGCAAGACAGCCUGGAAGCGGUGGCGUCGCGCUUCCUCGGGCCGUCGACGCCGUUUUACCAGUACUACACGGACUUCGUCGCCCUGUACGACGCCAUCUCGUUCUCGCACCCGCUGUUUGCGCGCCUGCUCCUGCCGCCGCUCUCGAUGCGCUUCCCGUCGGACUUCAGAAAGUACCUCUGGGCUGACUACGGGCACGUCGUGAAGACGAUCCGCACGCCCGUGGAGGCGGUGCUCACUGGCUGCGUCGGCGAGUACCUCUGGCCGGUCGAGGAGGACGCGCACGUGCUUGGUGCGUACCUGCGCGCGCUUGUGCAGGCGCCGCUGGAGGGCUUUGUGCGCUUGGUGGCGAUCCACCAUAUCGCGUGCAAUAUCUGGCCGGAUCUGCGCUCUGCGCCGGAGGAGCAGGCGAGCAAGCUGUUAAGGGCCGUCGUGGACCAGGACGGUCUCGAUGUUGUACGAGAGGUAGUGCUGUAUCGACAGCAGGUCAGCGUGGGCACGCUCCUUCUUCCCCCUGCUUGUUUUGCGCAGGCUGGGGAGUGGAAGGCGUUGCGGUUGGAGUUUGUUGAACGGUGUGGGGGCGAGCAGCUCAGAGAGCGGUUGAAGAAUUUGCUGGAAUAA